GCAGCACUGUCCUGCGGCUGUAGAGCGGGCGGUACGAAGGAGAGUGUCCGCAUUCCUGCCUCUGAUCCCGGCUACUGCCCGGAGGAAGGGCCGCCUCUAUAUAAGGGCAUGCAGUGAUCCGGGAGGACGACAGGGGGCGAAAUCCUGAUUUCCCCGCAGGACCUGAACGCCGCAGAGCUGAAGGGCGCGGCUUACCUGACAGGAAGGUGCUGCAGGAUGGGCGGAGCGUGAUAUGGCACACGGCAGGUAGACAGGUAGGCAGGUAGAGAGAGCCUCCACCCUAAUCAUAACCCAGCAGGAAGCCGAACCGCAGCACCGAGACCAGAACCUCUAGACCCCCCGGACCCUCCGCUCACCUGCACAGUUUCACCAUGAGGUGGCGCUCUCCUCCCCUCCUCCUCCCCCUCCCCCCUCCCCCUCCUCCUUCUCCUCGCCUGCCUCAGCCUGCAGCUCGGAGCAGCUUCAGCUUCAGGAAUCAAGAUCUGCGCUCACAACGUACAAAAGUUCAACUCAGUCAAAGCUGCAAACUCCAGAGUACUACACACUCUGACACGGAUUGUGGCUCGCUGUGACAUCACUCUCCUGCAGGAAGUGAUGGACUCUGGCGCCAUCAGAACUCUGCUGGCGUCUCUCAACAGGUACAGGCCGACUGAUGACAGGUAUGACGACUACACCUACCAGGAGGUGAGCAGUAAGAGUCUGGGCAACUCUCCCAACAACAUGCAGCACUACGUUUUCAUCUACAGGAAGGAGACAGUGAAGGUGGUGGGGCAGCAUCAGUACCAGAAGAAACAAACCUUCGUCAGAGAGCCUUUCGCCGUUCAGUUCCAGAGCGAAAAGACUGCUAUCAAGAAGUUCGUUCUGGUGGCUCUGCACACUGAGCCCAGUCAGGUCGUGAAGGAGAUCGACUGGCUCUACGACGUCUUCGAGGAAGUCAGCAAGAAAUGGAAGAACCCGCAUGUGAUGUUUCUGGGAGACUUCCACGCCGGCUGUGCCCACCUGAACAGAGCCAACAAGAAAAGCAUCCGAAUAUUCACCAACUCCAGUUUUUCCUGGCUGAUAGGAGACAAAGUGGACACGACCGUCAGUGAGGAGACCAGCUGUCCUUAUGACAGAAUCGUGGUGCAUGGUGAACGUUUCCUGAAGACCAUCACUCCGUACUCUGCUGGAGUCUUCAACUAUAUCAAAGACUUCAAACUCUCCAGGACCAAGGCGCAGGAGUUAAGUGACCACAUGCCUGUGCAGGUGAAGCUGAAGAGCUCCGCCCUUCUCCUGCAGGCCACGCCCCUCAUGAUCCUCAUCUGCGUCUCUGCGAUCGUGCAGUCCUUCCUGUCGGCUCUGUGAUCCUCUGCUUCAGUCUCAGGGAGUAACUACUUUUUAAUCCAGAGUCUGUUCACCUGCACAUCCGUACACUGUUAAAUAAAGCCGAUCAAAGAACAAUAGAUCCAUCAGUCCACCAGGAUUAUUGUGACCAAAGUAAACAUCACUGAGCCGUCUUGAGCCGUCUUGAGCCGUGACAUCGUCCCACCAGUCUGUGAACC